AUGAGCAACAGGAGCCAGUGGAGCCAAAGGAGCUAUAUUGGGGCCUCGGGAGCCUCAGUAGCUACAGGAACUACAGGAGCUACAAGAGACAACGGAGUUACAGAUGCCACAAGAGCUACAGGAGCAACAGGAGCCACAGGAAAUAAAGGAGCUAGAGGAACCACAGGAGCCACAGGAACCACAGGAGUUGAAGGAGCCACAGGAGUUACAGGAGCCAAAGGAGCUCCAGGAGCCACAGAAAACCAAGGAGCUACAGGAGCCACAGGAACCACUGUGGAACUAGAGGAGCAACAGGAGCCAGAUGAGGAGUUGAAGGAGCCACAGGAGCUACAGGAGCCACAGGAGCUAAAGGAGAUACAGGAGCCACGGGAGCUUCAGGAGCUACAGGAGCGAAAGAAUCUCCAGGAGCAACAGAAAACAAAGAAGCUACACCAGCCACAAGAGCCACAGGAAAUACAGGAGCUAGAGGAGCCGCAGGAGUUGAAGGAGCUCCAGGAGCCACAAAAAACAAAGGAGCCACAGGAAAUACAGGAGCCACAGGAGUUCAAGGAGCCACAGGAGCCAAAGGAGUUCCAGGAGCCACAGGAGAGCAACAGGAGCCAGAGGAGCCAAAAGGAAAUACAGAAGCGACAGGAGCUACAGGAGCCACAGGAACCAAAGGAGCCACUGGAGCUACAGGAGCCACAGGAGCUACAGGAUCCACAGGGGCCUCAGGAGCGUCAGAAGCUACAGGAGCCAAAGGAGCUACAGGAUCCACAGGAACAACAGGAGUUUAAGGAGCCACAUGAGCCAAAGGAGUUCAAGGAGCCACAGGAGCUACUGGAGCCACAGGAGCUAGAGAAGCCACAGGAGCUAGAGGAGCCACAGGAGUUGAAGGAGCCACAGGAGCUAGAGGAGCCACUAGAGCCAGAGGAGCUAAAGGAGCCACAGGGGCCUCAGGAGCUACAGGAUCUAAGGGAGCUACAGGAACCACAGGAGCCAAAGGAGUUCCAGGAGCUACAGGAGCCAAAGGAGCUCUAG